AUGUCUAUGCCAAACCCUUACGGACCUAAUCCCCACGAUUACCUCUCGAACGUCAACAAGUUCGAGGUGAUCGAGUCCACUUUGCGUGAAGGUGAGCAGUUUGCCAAUGCCUUUUUCACCACGGAAAAGAAGAUCGAGAUCGCCAAGGCUUUGGACGAUUUCGGUGUGGAUUACAUUGAGUUGACGUCGCCAGUGGCUUCUGAGCAGUCUAGGAGAGACUGUGAGGCUAUCUGUAAGUUGGGCUUGAAGGCUAAGAUCUUGACCCAUAUUCGUUGUCAUAUGGACGAUGCCAGAGUCGCUGUGGAGACUGGUGUGGAUGGUGUGGAUGUUGUCAUUGGCACUUCCCAGUUCUUGAGACAGUACUCUCACGGUAAGGAUAUGAACUAUAUUGCUCAGAGCGCCAUUGAGGUGAUUGAGUUUGUCAAGUCCAAGGGCAUUGAGAUUCGUUUCUCUUCUGAGGACUCGUUCAGAUCGGAUAUCGUGGACCUUUUGAACAUUUACAAGACUGUGGACAAGAUUGGUGUCAACAGAGUCGGUAUUGCUGAUACCGUGGGCUGUGCUAACCCAAGACAGGUGUACGAGCUUGUCAAGACGUUGAAGUCGGUUGUUUCGUGUGAUAUCGAGUGCCAUUUCCAUAACGACACUGGUUGCGCUAUCGCCAACGCCUACACUGCCUUGGAGGCUGGUGCCAAGUUGAUUGACGUUUCCGUGUUGGGUAUUGGUGAGAGAAACGGUAUCACUCCUCUUGGUGCUCUUAUGGCCCGUAUGAUCACCGCCGACAGAGACUACGUUCUUGGCAAGUACAAGUUGCACAAGCUCAGAGACUUGGAGAACCUUGUUGCUGACGCUGUCCAGGUUAACAUUCCUUUCAACAACCCAAUCACUGGUUUCUGUGCCUUCACUCACAAGGCUGGUAUCCACGCCAAGGCCAUUCUUGCCAACCCAUCCACGUACGAGAUCUUGAACCCAUCUGAUUUCGGUCUUACCAGAUACAUCCAUUUCGCUAACAGAUUGACCGGUUGGAACGCCAUCAAGCUGAGAGUCGACCAGUUGAACUUGCAGCUUACCGACGACCAGUGUAAGGAAGUUACCCACAAGAUCAAGUUGUUGGGUGACGUGAGACAGUUGAACAUUGACGAUGUCGACUCCAUCAUCAAGGAUUUCCACAAUGAGUUGGGAACUCCUCAGUUGAAGCCAACCAACGGCCACGCUGCUGUGCCUGACGUUGCUGCUGACGCUGACGCUGAUGGUGAAGCUGAUGCUGCCACUGCCAAUGGCGACGAGCCAGCUGCCAAGAAACAGAAAUCGGAGUAA